AUGUCGAAGGUUAAACUUGAAGUUUGUGUUGACAGUCUCGAAUCUGCACUAGCGGCGAUCGAGGGUGGCGCGGAUAGAUUAGAAUUAUGCUCCUCACUAAUAGAUGGCGGACUUACUCCAACCCCUGGAUUACUGAUACAAAUUCAAAAUAUGAAUUCAAAAAAUGUUCCAGUUUAUUGUCUGUUGCGUUGUAGACCAGGAAAUUUUAUUUACAGUCAUGAAGAAAUCGAAAUUAUGAAGGAAGAUGCCAAAAUUUUACGCAAACAUGGAGCUGAUGGAUUUGUCUUUGGUGCUUUGUCGGACAAUGGGGAUGUUGAUAUGAAAAUCUGCCGAGAACUAAUCAGGGUCUGUCAUCCGCUUCCUGUAACUUUCCAUAGGGCUUUCGAUUUCUGUAGACGACCAACUAUUGAAGUUGAAGUUAUUAUAGACUUGGGUUUCCAAAGAAUUUUGACCAGUGGUAAGCAACAGAAUGCUCAAAUGGGUGUUAAACUUAUUAAAAAGCUAGUAGAACAAGUUGGUCAUCGAAUUAUAAUCAUGCCAGGAGGAGGAGUAACCAAAGAGAACAUAAAGUACAUCUUGGAAAACACAGAAGCCAAAGAAAUACAUGGAUCAUUCAAAGUGCCCAAAGAGGAGCCAGAAAAAACUGAAGAAGAUAGCGAGGCUGUCAUAGGGGAAAGGGAAGGACCAAUCUACAUUACUACUGAAAAUGCUGUGAUGGAAAUUGUUGAUAUUUUAAAGACUCUAUAA